AUGAUAUUCCUGUCAACAUUGAUCAAAGUUGCCUCAGUGACAACUAUACUCUUGCUGGCUGGUGGAUCGACCUAUUAUUAUAUGCAGAACGAUAAUAAUAGUAAGGUGGAGACAAAAAACUUGAAGGGACAUCACAAUCACAGCACUCAUUUUCUUCAUGGCAAGAUGGAUGAAGAGGAGGUUCACAUUUGCAAUCACGGUCACUUCAUAAAAGACAUAGAAAUAGAGGAGCCAGAACGAACAGCUGAAAUUCCAUUGGAGGCUAGAUUGUCACACGAGCAAAUGCUAAUUAAAAAUCAUAAAUAAGGAAAUUGGGACACAAUAAGAAUUAAGACAGAUUACUCUUCAUUUUAGGCAUCCUAACAAUAAGCCGAUUUCAUUGAGAAUAAACUAGUAAAAGCAGCAACUGGAUUUUUAAAAGCCGCCAUUAAAGUGUAUCCAUCAUCCAAGCUAUUUCUGAGUGGACAAUGCGGUACAGUGACAAUCCCAAGCUCAUUUAAAAAUGGAAUAACAGGCGUUGACUUGGUCUUAUUUGUCACAGCCUCCACUUCAUAAGAUACAUGGGUGGCAAGAGCAGGUGCUUGCAGAUUGGAUCCAACAACCUUAAGACCCACUGCUGGCUCAUUGGAAUUCAACCUCAAAUAUUUUAAUCAACUAGAUUUCAGUAAGUUAAGCGAAGGCAAAUGGUUCAAGUGGAUCUAAACAACCAUCCACGAAGUUACUCACGUCCUUGGAUUCAGUAGUGGUCUAUUCCCCUAUUACAUUGAUCCUAAUACAAUGUAGAAAUUGGGAGUCAAUUAGAUAGUUAAGACAUAGGGAGGAAGAGAUUGGAUCAUAUUGCCAAAAGUAGUAAAUGCAGUGAAGAGUCACUUUGGAUGUUUAUCAGCCUGGGGAGCUCCAUUGGAGAACAAUGGUGGACAAGGAACAGCAGGCAGCCAUUGGGAAAGAACAACCUUCGGUAAUGAGGCAAUGACUGGAUCUGAAUUCCCAGACUCGGUGUUCACUUUAUUCACAUUCAAUUUACUUGAAUCCACUGGUUGGUAUAAUAUGGAUCACAAAUAAUCUGAACCAUUCAAUUGGGGUAAGGAUGAAGGAUGUCCAAUUGCCUAAGGACAAUGUGUGUAAGGAUUGAGAGAAUUCUGUACUGCAGGAAGUGAGGGAUGUUCCUCAGAUUUCACUGGUAUUGCAUCUUGUUCUUCAAAUGAUGUGUUAACUGACGGAUGUGGAUAUUGGAGAGCCUAUGGUAACUCUGACUGCAGAUAUAACUCUGAUUUCACCAGUCAACUAGCUUAAUAUGGUGGAUAUUACGGUAAUGAUGGAAAGUGUUUCUACACAACUUUACCUACCAAAGUGGGAUUCUAAGGAAUUUCUGUUAAGACAAUGUAGUAACAAUCUCGAAUUUCCAACAAGAGUUACUAAUGCGUUACAUCAGGACAAGUCAUUAACGUUAAAUAUUCUUAUUAUAGUGCCACAGUCACUUGCCCAGAUGUCAAGCACUUCUGUAACACUCAGAGAGUUUGUCCCAAUGCUUGCAGUGGAGUUGGUACAUGCAGAGGAACCACCUGUUAUUGUUGGUCUGGAUACAGUGGAGCCGAUUGUUCAGUAUCCUAUUGAUUAUCAUCAUCAAUUAAUACAAUAUCA